CCCGGGCUUGGGGACUGUGAACGCCUCGAGGGCCGGGGCUUGAUUGGGCACAUCAACGCCAACCCCGGCCGGACUGCCGCUGGUGUGGCCGAACCUCCGGAGACGGUGAUGCGGCAGUUUGACGGGGUUUGAGAGCCUGAGAGGCUCCGAGCGCGUCGUCAAUUGACCUUGUACAUCUGGCGGGCAAGAGUCCUUGCCACGGCCCAGACACACAAGGAGUAGUCGCGCGGCCGAACUGAGGAGCAUGUAAGCGACGACAGGGAGUCAAGGGGAACGGCCCGACUCGACAACUUCACUAGCACGGUUCGCGGUGCCGAGUUGCCGCCACAGCAAGGCCACGGAGUCGUACUAAAUAGGCGAGUAUUAACGCAUAUAUAACUUCGUACGUGUAUGGCCGCUGGCGACUUGAAUGCUUCUCCCGGACGCGUGCCUGCUUGUUCUCGGAAGUGUGUCUUGCAUCGGCGGCUCACUUGCAUCAGCAUAGCGAUCAUGAAGCCAUCAGGCUACUCUGCCUUUGUGGCGUUGAGCAUCCAGGCCGCACGAGCGACAGACUGUUGUCGCGAACUCGGUCAGUUCAUCCCGCACGCGGUCAACUUCCCGGCCUCCUCGCAGUACAACGCCACCGGAGCCUCAUACUGGUCCCUCCAAGAGUCCGACCUCAAGCCAGCAUGCAUCGUCCGUCCAGCCACAGCCCAGGACGUGUCUACAGCAAUCGAAAUCAUAAAAUCCGUGCCCCACUGCAAGUUCGCCAUCAAAGGCCAAGGCCAUAGCCCUGCCCAAGGCUUUGCCAACAUCGAUGGCGGUGUCACUCUGGACUUGACGAGCCUCGCCUCCAUCGAAACAACCAGCGACCACUCGGUCGCCAAGGUUGGCGCGGGGGCCUCCUGGCUCAGCGUGUAUCGCCAUCUUGAUCCGCUCGGCGUAGGAGUCGCCGGCGGGCGCAACGGCAACGUCGGCGUCGGCGGCCUGCUCCUCGGAGGCGGCAUCUCGCACUUCACCACGCGCGUCGGCUGGGCUUGCGAUAACGUGGUAAACUUCGAGCUCGUUGUCGCAGACGGCAGUAUCGUCAACGCUAACCGCACGUCCCAUCCCAGCCUCUUCCGCGCCCUCAAGGGCGGCGCCAAUAAUUUCGGCAUCGUAACACGCUUUGAUCUUGCUACGUUUCCGCAGGGGAAUAUCUCUUCUACCAGCCUUGUUCACGACAUCUCUCAGCGCGAAGCGGUGUUUUCGGCCUUCGCAGAGAUUGCCGAUUCGGGCUCCUUCGACCCUUACGUCUCGCUCGUGAUGGGUCUGCUCUACAAUUCGACCUCCGGCCGCUGGCUGAUGUCGACGUCGGCGGUUUAUACCAAGCCAGUGCUCAACCCUCCGGUGUUCUCCAAUCUAUUGUCAAUUCCCAGCCUCUCCAACAGCAGCGCCAUGACAUCCCUGUCAACGCUGGCUGACGAGGCUCCAACGCCUCCGCUGAAUUGGCUGUUUGCCACUGCCACCUUUAAGGCGUCCACCUCUCUCCUCGCCGACAUAUUUGAGGUGCUCAAUGGCACUCUGUACUCGUUCCACCCUCAAGGAGGUGUCGUCUGGGACGUCGCUCUGGAACCCCUCGCCGGCGCCAUGUUGUCACGCUCGGAAAACAAGGGCGACAACGUUCUUGGUGUUAGGGCGGGCGACAACGGCUUCAUCCUUCUCUUGUCCGCCCUAUGGCCCGACUCCUCAUCCAGGCAGACUAUCCAGAGCAAGGCAAUGGAAGCGAUAUCUCGCGUCGAGACAUUCGCAAAGUCGAAAAACCAGCUUCUGAAAUUCCAGUAUAUCAAUUAUGCAGCCCCUCAUCAGACUCCGCUGCAGUCAUACGGCCCGGACAACCUGGAGUUCCUGCGCAAGGUUCGUGCGGCAUAUGACCCGGAGGGGGUCUUCCAAAAUCUGGCUCGAGGUGGCUUCAAAUUACGCUGAGGCCAUUAAAAGAGCCGCUCAUAACAGGCACAUCGAAGAGUCCACAAAAAGAGAGACAAGUACUCGAGGCCUCAUAAUAUAUGUAUUGGUAGUGCUAGUUAAAGAUGUGUCCACUUUUACUUCCUG